AUGGAACAACGCUACCAGGAGAUGGAAGACCGUGCCAAGCGCGGGGAAGACAUCUCCCAGUUGCAGGUUCCCUUGGAGGCGGUGAAGCAGACCGUGACGGUGCCUGAAGACAAAGAUCCGAGGCUUUGGUGCUUGAAGACCUUCGGAAACGAGCAGGAGCUUUGCAUCAAGCUCAUGUGGAAGGCCUUCGAAGAACUCAAGUCCGGACAAACGGUGCCCGUCUACUCGGUCUUCCAUGUGCCGUAUGUCAAGGGCUACAUCUACCUGGAGGCACAUCGAGAGGCCGAUGUGCGCAGGUUCACGAAGGGCAUCAACGGCGUGUCCCAGUACACCGGGCUCUCCUUGGUGCCGCUGGAUCAGAUGGCCGGCGUCUUUUCGGCGGCCGUAGCGCAUGCGCAGAAGGUCAAGGUCAUUCAGCAAGGUGACUGGGUCAGGCUCAAGAGGGGCCCCUACCGCGGCGAUUUGGCACAGGUGGCGGAGAUCGAUGACGACUCUCACACCUUGAAGAUCAAACCCAGGAUGUCAGGAGGUCAAGUCGCCAAGAACAACAAGAAGAUCUUCCCGCCCAAGUGGUUUCACAAGGGGGAUGUGGAGGCAACUGGACAAGUCGUCGUGAAUGUCGAGCCGCGACGAACGAACCAGGGCUGGAAGCACUUCUAUGUCGUGGAUGGCGAGCUUUAUAGAGAUGGCUUUGUCUACAAGACCUUCAGGAGCAGUGCUUUCGUGUUCGGCAGUGAUGUGAGGCCCAACGAAUAUGAGCUGGCGGAUUGGAGAAAUGCUCCGCCCAUCUCUGAGCAGGUGCGACCACCUAGAGAUUUGCCACAGAGCAAAGAGGAAGAGGAUCGUGAACGAAUGCCUCCGCCUCCUCUCCCUGUGCGAAAAGACCGGGGCCCCAUACUGGAGGAUGGCGAACAGGUCAUCGUGCACAGUGGUGACCUGAAGAACCUCCGGGCCUCAGUCACCAAAGCCAUCUUCGGAUCGCCCACGGUGCUGAUCCGACCGCUGAACGUGGACGUCACGAGCGAGUUGUCCAUCGCGAACUCGCGGUUGUGCAAGUACUUCGAGAUUGGCGACUACGUCACCGUGAUGUCCGGCGACCAUGUGGGUGACGCUGGGCAUGUGGAGCAGGUGGAGCUGGGACCCUCUAAGACGUGGGGUUCCCAUGCCACCGCCCGCAUCCUGACCGCGGACUACAGCUCGUUCCGGGCCUCUUUGAAUGACCUGCGGCGGAGCCGGCAAAAGCCCGAGAGCCACCAAAAGGUGGGAGAAUUCCGUGUCGGACAAUUGGUGUCCUGGGCGCAUUUGAUGGGGACCAGGGACCAGGCCGGUGACCGUGCCAUGGUCCUGGGUCCAAAUGCGCGCAAGACAUAUGUAAGCCUAGCCGAGCUUCAGCCUGUGCAGCUGCCCAGAAGAUCAAUUUACAAACUUCAUAGCUGGUGCGAGGACAAGAAGCAACAUCGCUUGGUGCCGGGCUGCGUGGUGAAAGCUCCCCAGAGCUACAGCGGUGGCUUUCCAGUGACUAGCGAAGUGCUCUACAUCCACCAGGGUUGGGUCUUCUUGCGCGCCAUCGAGGGCCUCGUGGGCGAACGCGCCUACUUGGUCGCCCCGGGGGACAAAUGCGAAUACGUUUGGGACCCGGAUGACUUGCCCAAAGGCAAAGGACGAGGCAAGGGCGGGCAGAGAAUGAAGAUCAAAAUUCCCGAGAAGACGGAGGAGGAACUCUCGUCCAAGACGUCGCCUAGAGAAGGACGGUUUUUUUGGGGAUGGCAGGGUGGAGGAGAGGAGAUGGCAGGUGCUUGCAGGGUGUUCAUCUACUGA